UCAAUCUUUCUUAACUCAAGCUCAGGCUGUAUUUUAAAUUUUACCUCUUGUCUUUAUAACAACAUUACUAUAAAUAAGUUAGACUAACUAACUAACUAUACCACUAUACGAGUUGUUUUAUUUUUGGUGAUAGUUUAGGGGAGGUAGGUCUAGUAAGUAACUUACCCAAACAAUAGUUGGGAACCUCUACUUCUACUAUAGGGCUGAUUCUUAACCAACUUAUACAAUAUAACAGGCUUUGCCAAUUUCCGCACACUGCAAGGAUUAUUAAAAAGAGAAGUAUCACAUCCAUACUUUAUCACAGUCAGUUUGACAUUUUGAGGCCUAGGCUAUUCUAGAACAAAUAAUAUGGCUACUUCAGAUUCAGAUGUUGCUGAUGGGACUUAUGACUUGUCAAGAUCUCCAGUGUUUACUGCAUCUGAUAUGGAAAAAUUAAAAAAUAAGGACAGAGAAAGGAAAGAUGGUGUACCACUUCAAACUAAUUGGACAUUCUGGGUCGACAAAUCAAUACCUGGUGCUUCUGCUGCUCAAUAUCAGGCCAAUUUAAAAAAGAUCUAUUCCGUUUCAACCGUCCAAGAGUUUUGGGCAGUCCUGAAUCAUAUUCCCGGAGUUGAAACACUACCCCCAAGAUGCAGUUAUCAUCUAAUGAGAGAGGAUAUUCGGCCGAUGUGGGAAGACGACCAGAACAAGAAAGGAGGCACUUGGCGGCUGCGGGUCUCAAAAAAAGACACUCCGAGAGUGUGGCAGGAGCUAUUGCUAGCUGCUAUUGGGGAACAGUUGUCGGAAGGAGUCAAUGAAGGCGAUGCCAUCUGCGGAGUCUCGGUUACUCUGCGUGACAAAGAUGACAUCGUGCAGGUGUGGAAUCUACGCGCCAAUCUGGCAGAGAAUUCCCACGUGUUGCCUAGGAUUCACAAACUUGUACCUGAAAUAGAGUUUGACACAGUCUACUACAAACCCCACCAGACGCACGCUGCGUACCAAGGGGGCAGAUAGCUUACGCUGAGCACUGCGCUGACAUCCUCCGUGGUGUACAGUUUAGUCACAUACUUAGUCUACAAUCGGGUAACUACUAAACAUAUGGUGUAAAUAACAUUUAGUACUUAGUAAUUAACUGAUACAAAGAUGAUUUGAGAUUGCAAUUAUUAACUUUCAGAGCCGAUAUUGACAUGAGGGGAUUAAUAAAGUAAAAUUUCGCCUAAAGCGCUUGGUCACCUAAUUAGAAAUAGGUUGUAUUUUAUAUCUUGUGUUGAUUAAUUUUACUACAUUUUAUCUUUUAGUGAAGGAACGUUUGUAUUGUGCCAUUCAAGCAUAGCUGAUUUUUAAAGUUAUAAGAUGAUUUAACCAAGCAUAUCAUGUAUUUUUUAUUUAGUGUUUUGAAAUGUUACUUAUAGAUGAAUUAAUGGGAUUGUAAAUAGUGAAUUGAAUGUGCUGACCACAUACAUUGUAACAUAAAAUAUGGAAGGAUUAAGAAGACCUUGAUAAAAAUAUAUCAUUUCAUAUAAGUUUAUAUCACAAUUUCUUAAGAUUGGUCAUAGCCAUUACUUUAUUUGCCUACCGGUGGUUGUAUAACACUUUUUUUUUAACUUUUUAUUGUUUUUAAUGGCAGCAAAAUAGCCUUGAUUGUUGGUAUGGAAAUGUGCAUAAACCUAGAAAAUAUUUGCAGUUUUUAUUUUUUAAGUAUGUUUUGUAAAACAAGAUAGCUAUGAUAAGAUCGUUAGGUAUACAUCAGAUAAUAUGCAGCUUUACAACCUUUUUAGAUUUGCUUAGUAAGGAAUUGGAAUUUCUCUCAAAUACAUUUCAGCGAGGUGGCUUUUAAAGCUCACAAAACUGGUAUUUCCAUAUCCUUUGUGUCUUGCCUUGAAAAACUGUGGAAGAAAUGUAACUAUAAAUGUAAUAAAUGGUAAGUUGUGCGGUUUUAUACGGUAUUUUUGUUAAGGAAGGCAUAUUUUAGAGAGAGGAUGUUUGUUCUGAGAUGUUUUUUAAUUCAGUAAAACCUUAAUAGUCACUGUCAACGGAUUUGUAAGACUUAAAUAUUAUCUAGGAAAUUUUUAUUGAGAUUUAUGUCAUUAAUUGUUAAGGUAGUAUAUUAAAUUUGAGAGGAUUGGUACCUCUAUAAGUGUGAACUCUACUGGGAGACUGUUUAGGUUUUACUGCAGCACAGACUAUGGCUAUGUUAGGAAUAUCAACUUGAACUGAUUAAUGUGUUUAGUGUAGAAUGAAAAAUAUAUGAUAUUAUCGUUAGAUUAAGCCUGGGACAUAAUGCUAGAUGUUAAUAUGUAAAUGAGUGAAGGAUGUGUGUGAAAUAGAGUGUAAUGUCUUGUGUAGCUUUGUUACUAAGAUCAGAUGUUUCUUCAGUCAGGAUCAUUUAUUGAAAAUCCCAUGAUGAAGGAUAUCGAGGCCUAGUUUUGAACCAUCAAAAAGCUGAUAACAUAUUUUACCUAAAUAAAUUCUUCAGUUUGUUGUCGAAUCGAGAAUGACUUGGUUAAUUCUUAGAAGAGAAGAUCUAAGAUUAGUUCUUAUUUACUCCUACAUAAUAUCAUAGACAAAUAGAAUAAAUACAGACUGUCAAAGUAAGGUUCCGGGGCUUUUAGAGCAUGUCCAGUGUUUGUCGAUUCGCUGCUGUGGUCGACUCACUGGCUGCUACCAGCACUACCAUCCUUGCAAACGAAAUGCUACUAACGUAUCAGACCCAAUUUUCAAUAUGGGUAAAGUACAAAAUUCGGAUAUCCCGUAAUUUAAAACGGUAAAGCCUAUAUUCUUUGAAAAACCCAGAAAUUUGUAAAACACGGAAAAAUGACAGAACAAAGACCUACCCCCCAAAUUCCGGGGAAUUCUCCAGAAGUUGGCAAUCCUGGCUCAAACUACCAACUUGUCAUGGCAACGCUCGCUAGCACUUGACGCUGCAGCGGUGUGUGCCGAAACUACACGGCACUCCUAGCAGUGGACGCCAGAAUAUAUAGCACUUCUGUCGGUCUAUAUUUAAUUCCUUGGUCUAUGAUAAUACACUUUAGUCAUCCUUUCUGGUGGAUAUUAUCAAAUAAUAUAAUUUAAGUGAAGGUAGGUUAAGACUUAAGUUUGAUGAGUUUGUAAUUUGAAAUGCAUGAAUGUAAGUUUAUAUAAGCAAUCAAUAUUGAAACUGACCAUGACUGGAAAGGGUGUUCCGAAAUUAAAAUUGGUCUUUAAAGUUUUAUAAGCUUUACUUAUCUUACAAUUAUAAAAUGUAUACCAA